CAGACGACCAGGAGCUUAGUGGCGUAACCGACCCCAAACAAAACCGCGGCAGUGCAGACAUCUCCCAGCGCUGCCGUCCUUCCCUCGACUGCAGUCCGCGAGAGUGGGCGGUGACAGCGAGACCCAAAACCCUGACACCAUCACCGACACCCCGAAAACGACAACAAACCCUCCUUGAAACCGAUCGCAGUGUUCAAUUCUCUCAUCUUUCGCUUUCCGGCAUAACGUAAAGUCAAUCGUUAUCUGCUUGCUCCUUGAAGGCAUCCUCAGGCGGAGAUUAGAUACUACAAGACGUGAGAUAAGGAGGAGGAGGAGGAAGAGUCUGCAAGGACACGAACUACGCAUUGCAUCAGCGGCAUCCGUGUGUGAAGGGUGUGACGGUGGUGGUGGUGGAGGUGGUGGAGGCGGUGGUGGAGGUGGUGGUGGUGGUAUGAAGCAAUGGAGGGCUGGGGAGUGAAGGCACGUGUGAACCCCCUCUCGGUGGUGGUGGUGGUGGCGGUGGUGGCUGCGGCUACGGGCGUCGUCACAGCAAACAGGAACAACGACAGGCUGUACUCAUCCCUGCACGAGCUAACCAACGUCCUGCGGGAGGGCUUCAAUUCAUUAGCCGGGGAGCUGAAGCAGGAGAGGGCCAGCCGAGAUGACUUCGCCCGCGCCCUCAAGACAGAGAUGCUGGAACUUCGAAGAGCUGUGAAGGCCGUGUGUCGCGGGGUGAGGUACUUAGGCACCAGCACCGACGACGUUUGUGUAGACGAGCCCCCUGGCAACUUCGAGCACGUGGUGACGGGGCACGGGACGGGGCACGGGGCGGGGCAUGGGGUGGGGCACGGAGCAGGAUACGGAGCUGGUCAUGCAGGCGGGGCUGGAGGGGGGCGAGGGGGCGGAGGAGUAGCAAGAGGGGGCGGAGGAGGGUCGGAGCCGACGGUGGUACGGGGAAGCAGCCGCCCCACACUGAACGUUCAUGACAAGAGUCGCUCCAGGGACGCAGCGCCGCCGACAGCCCCGCCGCCCCCCGACCCGAUGUCCUGCCCCCCGCCCUACCACCGGACGGGGAGCUACUGCCUCAUGUUGCUGCGCGAGAGGGUCAACUGGGAGGAGGCGAGAGUCCGGUGUCACAGAUUCGCCCAGUCGCGGGGGGCGGUGGGCGAGGGGGACCUGGCCGUGGUGGACGACAUGGACACCUUCAAGACCUUCGUGGCUGACACCGACUUCCGUGAGGCCCCGUCCGGCAUGGCGCUGGUGGGGGGCUCGGCGGACGGGUGGGGCGGCGCGUGGGUGUGGGUGGACGGCUCCCUCAUCAAGCAGCUCCCGUGGCUCUACUCCCAGACGGGCCACGAGGGGACGGUGCUGGCGGUGGACCGGGACGGCAUCUUCCACACCAUCAUCAGGAGGACCUCGCUGUGGCCGCUCUGCCAGAUUAAGUAGACGUUGUUUUGGAGUUUAGCUUGUACUCUACGGUUCUCCUCGCCAAUCUUCUGGCCGUGCACAGGGAUGGGGUCUUCCACAUCAUAAGGAGGGUCUUUGCGGCUGCUCUGCCAAUUAAGUAGCUCCUCGCACACGUCACUUACUCUAUGGUUCUUUUUUUCUCAUCUCCAAUGGGUGGACAGGGACGGAUUCUUCCACGCCAGCACCAGAGAGACUUCCUUUUGGCUGCAGUGUCAGUUCAAGUAGAUCAUCACUAACGUUGCUUUGGGACUUAGCCUUUACUGUAUGGUUCUUCUCUUGUCUUCUUGCGGGGGACAGGGACGAGAUCUUCCACGUUAUUAUAAGAGGGGCUUGACUUCGGGCGCGCUGUCAGUUCAAGUAUCUAACUCAUCAAGGUAUCAAGAACUGCCUCCGUGCGUGGCUUUGCUUUCCUUCUUUAUUGUAUGGAUCUGGGGUCUCCUUUCUUCUUCUUCUUCUUCUUCUUCUUGCAAGCUCGAGAUUAGUCAGUUCGUGUCUCUUCCUUGCUUGCUCUAUUUUUUCCUGUCUAUGGUAUGUCUUUCGUAGUGUUCUGAGUUCGUUUUUAGAUGAAUUUGUUAUUACGAUGUUAUGUUUGCAGACUCUCUCUCUCUCUCUCUCUCUCUCUCUCUCUCUACGUGAUUAUACAAGUCUCUCACUCACUGCCUCGGUUUUCUGUUUGGUCUUAAGUUCUCUCUCUCUCUCUCUCUCUCUCUCUCUCUCUCUCUCUCUCUCUCUCUCUCUCUCUCUCUCUCUCU